ACGUUGAAGACGGCGUGGUCUCUGGUGUCCAAGAUGGACAAGAACAAGUGGUUCAAGGACCCCGUCACCGAAGCCAUCGCUGAGGGGUACCACAAGGUCGUCAAGACUCCCAUGGAUCUGGGCACGAUCCUGAAAAAGAUCAAGGGCGGCGGGUACCCCAGCUUCGGAGACUUCGACCGAGACUUGAAGCUCAUGUGGCAGAAUUGCCGGACCUACAACGGGGAGGGGACGCAGUACAACAAGGAAGCCUUGAGACAGGAGGAAGAGUGGUCCAAGAUUUCCGCGAAGAUAGAGAACGACCUACGACACCAGGAGGCUCGCCCCAGCGGCGGCGGCGGCGGCGGCGGCGGCGCUUCUGCCACCACCACCACACCCACCAACAGCAACAAGCGGAAGAGCAGUAGCGGUGGCGGGGGUAGUUUCCAGGACGACGCCAGAGGAAGCGGCGGCGGCGGCGGCGCGGCCCUAGCCCCAAUGGCCCAGGCGACCCAGCUGGAAAGGGACGGGAUCGGCCGCCGCGUGGGGCUCGCGUCUGUGCUCCUCGCCGAGCCGUUCGCGGCUAAGCUUAUGUACCGGCACGCGUCGGAGAGGAUUCCGGAGGCAUGCUGCGAGCGGGGCAUCCUCCCGCGCGACCACCCGGUCUACGCGCCGCUGGUGCAGCUACUGGACCUGGGGGAGAGCGCCCGCCACAUGCUCAGGGCCAACACCUUCGGCGUGCGCGAGGUUAAGGCCGAGGUGACGAGGGCCGUGCUGCCGUGCGUCGUGGCGCUGCACGCGCGGGCGGCGGCAGCAGCGGGCCGGCGGCGGGCCGGCGGGGGUACCGACGAUGCCGACGGUGCCAGCGCAGAGAAGGAAGAGGACGCGGCCGCCGCAGCCGGCCAGGACUGGCGGGGGUGGUACAGCGAUGUCCCCGCCAUCCGGCGGCUGGUCUGCACGAUGCUGUGCCGCGCGAUGGUGAGGGGGAGUGACGAGGCCGCCGCGGUGCUGAUGCCGGCGGCAAAGGCGGCGGUGAAGAGGAUGGCGGACCAGCGGUGGCUUUGGGCGAGCCUUGGCGAGCUGGCGCAGAGGAGCGCUGACGCAUCGGCGGCGACGGCGGCGGCGGCAGCGCCGGUGAAUGAGGGCGGAGGCGUCGUCGCCGCCGGUGUAGCCGGGAAGAAAUGCGGGAAAGAGAAAGGGACGAUGCCGCGGGUUCUGAAGCCAGAGACGCUGCUUCUCGUCUUGGAGCUUUUUUCGACAGGGUUGGAGUUGGCGCUCGUCACCGACGCCGUGUUUAUCAAGGCACUCGAACUUGUCGCCGGCCUCUUGCCGCUGGCGUCCCCCCCCCCACCGCCUGCUGUCGACACCGCGGCUGCUGCUGUCGCCAGCGGCGGCGACAAGUCGAAGCCAAAGCCGUCGGCACCGGGAAAAGGCGCCGUUACCGCUCUCCUGCCGCGCUCGGCGCUGGAGGACGUCGUGAACCAAGCGGCGGCUCGGGCGGCCCGGCCGCCCCGACGGCCGCUCUCCCAGGCGGAGGAGUUGCGAGCCAAAGAGGCGUUCGCCAAGGUUUUGGCAAAAUCGCCGCCCGGGUGGGCAAACAAGGUUUCCGAGUACCGGGCAAAGCUCGCAGAGAAGUCGAGGAAGGGCGGGGGGGGUAAGGUAGUGGGAGAUGGAGGUGGGGGCAAGGGCGGGGGAGGCGGUGAUGGUGGGAGCGGAAGCGCGGGGCGACCAUCCCGACCCAUCUCGAUCAAGGGUCCCAAGAGGGGAAGACAGGAGGCCGGCGGCGGGGGUGAUGAGGGUGUGGACGAUACUGACAGCCGGAAGAAGAGUCGGCGGGUUAAUGUGUGACGUUUUGGAGCUAUGUAGCUGCUGUAUAUCGAUCGAUAGAAACAGGUGAAAGGAUGCAUGAUGGGAAUCAUCCCGGAGAGGAAGAUGGAGUGGGGCGUGUGUACUGAUAAUUAUGCAUACUGUAGUCAUUAGGCCAUUGACCUCGCAUCCCUACAAAGCCGGGACAUAGCACGCCGGGUUCUCACCGGACCAGGGAGUAGGAGGGGGGUUAAGUUGGGCUGAGAGUGAGAAGGUGGCGGACGGGAAGCUGUUCGCAACAGAUCCCACGGAUUUGAUUGCGAUGUACCGUUUCACCAGCCUAUAUAUCCUCCUGAGUAUGGUUGUAUCAGCGUCCACCUUCGCCCCUUGCGGUGUUUACCCCGAUUGGCCGCUUGGUUUCGCCGGCUGUACUGCAGACGCUUCGCCGCUUUUGCUCGGAAAGGCUACAAGGGGUUUGGUUUGUUCACCUUCUGUCACGAAACCGACCCACGAACAAUCCGUGCGUAAUUUUCGUUUGCCAAGCCAGGGUACAUACAUAAUGUGUACAUAGUCAUCUUAAUGUAAAAUCCGACCAGUAAAAUAUCCCGGGC